AAAAACGUAAGGCCAUUAAGCGAAAUUAGAUUGAAAACGACGUUUAGAGAGGGAGAAGCAGCAGCCAAAAAAGUUGCAUCCAAACAAAGCCUUCUCUCUUCUCUUCUCUUCUCUCUCUCUCUUUUAAAAAGCCACCUCCUUCAUUUCAUUGCCUCUUCUUACCCUUUGCUCGUGUUUUCGUAAUCGCGCUUUCUCGAACAAUCUCAUCCUCACAGUUUCGUAUUCUUCCCGAUCUCACCACUAGCAAUCAUGAGUGAUGAAGGAGAAAGGACUUGUCCUCUCUGUGCAGAAGAGAUGGAUCUGACAGAUCAGCAAUUGAGACCAUGCAAAUGUGGCUACCAGAUUUGUGUCUGGUGUUGGCAUCACAUAAUGGACAUGGCUGAGAAGGACGCCACAGAGGGACGGUGCCCUGCAUGUCGUUCUGCUUACGAUAAGGAAAAGAUUGUCGGGAUGGCUGCAAACUGUGAGAGAUUGGUGGCUGAAGUUCACAUGGAAAGAAAGAUGAAGAGCCAGAAAGCGAAGUCUAAAACAUCUGAAGGACGAAAGCAGCUCAGCAAUGUGCGAGUUAUUCGGCGGAAUCUUGUUUACAUAGUGGGAUUGCCUCUCGAUCUGUCUGAUGAAGAUCUUCUCCAGCAGCGAGAGUAUUUUGGUCAGUAUGGGAAGGUCUUAAAAGUGUCAAUGUCUCGGACGGCAGCUGGUGUUGUUCAGCAGUUUCCAAACAAUACAUGUAGUGUAUAUAUUACUUAUUCAAAGGAAGAAGAAGCAAUUCGAUGUAUUAAAAAUGUACAUGGAUUUGUUUUGGAGGGUAAACCAUUAAGGGCUUGUUUCGGAACAACUAAAUAUUGCCAUGCAUGGCUCAGAAACAUGCCUUGCAGCAAUCCAGAUUGUGUAUAUCUUCAUGAGGUUGGCUCUCAAGAAGACAGUUUCACAAAAGAUGAAGUAGUUUCAGCAUACACUAGUCAUGUUCAGCAAAUUACUGGUGCUGCAACCAACAUGGAACGGCGGGCAGGGAAUGUAUUGCCUCCUCCGUUGGAUGAUUGCACAAGUAACACUUCAGGGAGACCCAUUGUGAAAAACUAUUCAACUAACUCUGUUAGCACCGUAAGAGGUUUGCCUUCUAAUGGAAGUCACGCAAAGCCUGUUGCUCCCUCUGCUGCAUGGGGUUUGCGGGCUACAAAUUCUCAGCCAGCUGCUGGCGGUCUAUCAUGUCCAGCCGGACUGUCCAAGUCCAAGCCUGAUUCAAUCAGCAUCACGCUACCCUUUUCCUCGGCUGUUGCUGGCACAAUUCCAGUUUCAUUGCAUAGUGAUACAAUAAAGAGGCCACUGUCAAGUGAUGGGACUCAUCAUAGUAUAAUGCCUGGAGUAAAAAAUAAUUGUAAGGAUGCCCUGGCGAGUGCAGGCGAACAAACUUUGGCUUCUGAUGUUUCUCCUGCACCUGUGAAUUUGAGCACCCAGUUGUCUUCUAUACCAUUAGAUAAAGAUUAUUGUAGUGGGUGUUGUACAACAUCAAACACAACAAAGUCUAUUGACAUCACUACAAAUUCAAACGGCAACUUUAGUCCUGGGAAAGCAAUUACUGCUACCAAUGAAGAGAUUCAAAAUUUGUCCGAUGAGUUGUCCUCUGUUGACCUUGAUAGAAAUGCCCAAAAUGAACAUUACACCGUAACCAAACCUAGCAGCCAACCUCCUGAUUAUGAAUCGGUUAAGUCUAAGUCUCUGCAGUCUCAAGGAUUAGAAUAUAAUGUGGACAAAUUUAGAGAUGAAAUAUUUACAAAUGCAGCCAGUAAAGCUUCUAUAUCAGAUAAUGGAGUCUGUAAUUCAAAGGAACAACAUGAUUUGAAAUUGGAUUGUAAAUCUGAGGUAGCAUCAGGCUAUGUUGAAGUUGAAGAUGAUGUGAUAUCUUUCGAUAGUCAGAGGCUUAAGGAUCCAGAAGUUGUUUGUCAUUCUUAUUUGCCUAGGUCGUGUUUCUCUCCUGUUGCAAAUCAUAAUAAUCCUCAUCCUCUGCAGCAUGGCGAACCUUGUACUGUUGUAAAUUCUGGUUCUUUAGCCACAGAUAAUCAAGUUGGGUAUGAACCACUCUUACCUGGAUCUAAAGCAUUAUGCAAUGGCUAUUCUGAGAAAUUGGACAGCGACAGUUCUUACAGGUUGCUUCACGAUGAAAGGAAUGAUCACAUUGGAAGAAUAAUUAGUGAAGCAGUUAAUAUUGGAAGUGACGCUGAUACAGAUAAGGGUGAGAGUAGUAUAAUUUCAAAUAUAUUGUCCAUGGAGUUUGAUACUUGGGAUGACUCACUAUUAUCACCCCACAAUUUGGCGAAGUUGUUAAGUGACAGCACCGAAAAUCAGAAUGGUUCACUAAAGAAAUCUAGUUCUUGGAAUGUUCAAACCAAUCAAUCAAGAUUUUCUUUUGCAAGACAAGAGGAACCCAGAAUCCAAACCUUUGAUGUGAAUCCAUCUCAUGGUGCCAACCAACAAUAUGUGAAAAGCCGCUCACUCAUUCAAGAUUUUGUGGACACAACAAACAUGUCUUUGGACAACAUUGGUUUUGCAAAUGGCUUUCCCGCUAAUAACAUUGAGGAAUCUGAAAAUAUAGGCGGUAGUCAAUUUUUUGCUUCUUCCAAUAAGUUUUCUGCUGUUCCUAAACCACAAAUUUCGGCGCCCCCAGGAUUUUCAGUUCCAAGCAGGCCACCACCUCCUGGUUUUUCUUCUCAUGAGAGAAUGGGGCAGGCUUUUGACUCAACUUCUGGGAAUUCAUUGCUAGACCCAUCUUUCUUAUGGAGAAAUUCAUAUCAGACACCUUCAACUGGGAAUUUUUAUGGGGCAGGAGACAUUGAGUUUAUGGAUCCUGCUAUUUUGGCAGUUGGUAAGGGGAGGCUUCAAGGUGCGCUAAAUAGCCCAACUCCAGGCUUGCAAUCCAAUUACUCCUCACAAUUAAAUUACCUUGAGAAUGAAGCCAGGCUUCAGUUAUUGAUGCAGAGAUCUCUCUCACCACAACAAAAUCAUCGAUUUUCGGAAAUUGGGAACACUUUCUCUCAGCUUGGUGAUUCUUAUGGCAUUUCUUCACGGAUUGAUCAAUCACAUGUCAAUAAUCUGGCAUCAUAUCCUCAAUUGUCUCUCCAGCAGUCCAGAAAUGCUGUCAUGUCAAAUGGCAAUUGGGAUGGGUGGAAUGAAAUGCAGAAUGGAAAUAGUAUGGGUAUGGCCGAGCUUUUGCGAAACGAAAGACUUGGGUAUAAUAAGUUUCAUAGAGGAUAUGAUGAUUCAAGAUACCAGAUGCCAAAUUCUGGGGAUCUAUACAACAACAGGACAUUUGGGAUUUGAAUUUGUUGGCUAUACUAUUUUUCUCAAUUUUGGCCAUGGCAAAGCCAAGGCAGAAAUGGAAAAGCACAAUUUUUCCAGCAUUGCUGAACGUGAUCGCGCUGGCUCUCGACAUAAGUUGUCUAAUGGGCUACCUGUGGCUAUGAUGAUACUCGAAGCAGUACAGUUUAUAACUGCAACUG